AUGCCUUGGACUAAUGUCUAUUCGUCAAUUUUGAUACCGGCAUUGCGAGAAUCUACCUAUGAUUCAGUCAACCGAUUCCUUAGCCUAGACCAACAAUAUCUAUCUCCAAACCCAACGAUUUCCGCACUAUAUGCUGCAGAACCAAGUGAUUACAACCGCCUUGAGCGGCGUAUCCAUCCAUCGAAUCAUUUUAGCAGGGCCUAUAUCCAGCAGGAAGGCGAUACAGUUCGAGACUUCUUUCUGCAAAUGGCAUUUCCCGUUUCUCUUGCUUGGGACAGAGAUUUUUUCUUGGAAAAAUCCGAGUCAGGUACUCCAGGUCCAACAGAUCACAAAAGACUAUUGAUCAAAGUGAGAGUUCAAUUCCAUGCGAAAGUUCGAGAGGGUAUUAAAUCGGAAGAUUGUACGGUUGAUGUUUGUUGUUUGUUGUUUGCCAAAUGUUUGUACUGCGAGGUAAGGACUCUAUCGGCUAGUGUGGCGGGGUUGGAUACACUUAAUAGCUAUCAAAGCGGAGAACCCUGCAAUCUCGCUUAG